AUGGAAUUUUAUGAAGAAGAUCUUUGGAGAAAUGGGAGCAACCCAUUGCACGAGAAUGGCACUCAAGUGACUUUCAUUGAUCGUCUUUUCUCGAAUACAUCUCUUGCACACAGAUUGCUUGAAAGACUCACUUUCACAAAUCUUCGACACACUUUCUAUUUGAUUUCUCCAUAUGAAACGACGGUACAUUCGAUAGAUGAUGUUCCAAAUUAUAAUAUACAGGUAUCAGUAUGGUGGUUUGUGUUCAUUGUUGUAGAGUUGUUAUUGUUGCGACUCUCAAAUCAUGAUGAUCGUUUUGCUCUUAAUGAUUCGAUCACUUCAAUUUGUGCUGGAAUGCUUUCUCAAUGUUUUAAACUACCAUUGGAAAGCCCUUGGACAUGGAUUCUUUGUCUUUUCUUCCAAGAUUUCAUGUAUUAUCUGGGACACAGAGCUGUUCAUGAGAUGGGCUUUUUCUGGGGUUUGCACACGAUUCACCAUAGCAGUGAAUAUUACAAUUAUACAACCGCUCUACGACAAGCUGCUAUUCAAGAUGCAGGACUCGCUUUUUAUGAUUGCUUACAAGCUUUUUUCAUUCCACCACCGAUUUUCUUGGUUCAUCGAUAUUUCUCGGAAAUUUUUCAAUUUAUUAUGCACACGAGUCUUCUUGGUGAUAUGGGUCCACUGGGUUUGGUGUUGAAUACACCAUCGCAUCAUCGGGUUCAUCACGGAAGAAAUCCUUAUUGUAUUGACAAAAAUUUUGGUGGCGUCUUCAUCAUUUGGGAUCGUCUAUUCGGAACAUUUGAAGCGGAAAGGAAAGAAGAUCCACCUGUUUAUGGGCUGAUUCAUCCAGAGAACAAUUUUAAUCAAAUUUGGCUUCAGUUUCACACUUUAUGGGAUCUUCUGUUGUUCAAGGGGCUCGCUAAGGAUAAAACGGGAAAACCCAUCUUUCCUGGUCUUAUUAAUAAAUUGAAAGCUGCUCUUUACCCACCGGGAUGGGUUCCCGGGUUACCCACUGUGAUGUUCUUUCAUUGGAAAACUUUAGUCGAUCCUGCUCAUGGAGUUCCGCAGCCUGAAAAGCCGGUGAUUCGAUACAAUCCCCAGCUCGAACUCUGGAUCAAGCUUUAUCUUGUUUUUUAUUUCACUUUAUUUUUGGCUAUAUUUUAUCAUUUUGAAUACGAUCGCCCAACGCUUUCCUAUGCUGAUUUCACGGUUAAAAUCUUGUUUUUUGUCAUCACAAUGCAAUGUUAUGGAGGAUUUUUUGAUAAGAGAUGGUGGGCCCCGUUGGCAGAAAGUGGGCGCUGCUUGGGAGUGAUCGGCUAUUAUGGAGUGCUAUUAUGGAUUGAUGGAGGAGCCGGUCCACAUCGAGUCUCCGUAAUGUGUCUUCAUGCAAGUGCUGCCGCUUUUUGGACCGGCUAUGGGACACAAAAGUGGCUUCAAAAACGGAUCGCCCCCGAGGAUAGCAAAACUCAGAUAACCCAGACUGUCACAACUAUCAUCCCGAUUCCGAGUAUUGCGUCAAAUACUCCUCCACCGCCGUACACGAAA